GAGCCCGCCGGCCGGCUGGGAGUAAGAAGGAGCUUUCCACCGGCAGAAGCUCCCAUCGGGGCACGUCGAGGAGUGUCGGAGGUUCUCCUGUGCUUAAUUUUAAAUAAAAGAUGGACUGGACUGGAAAACAUAAUGGGCCAAGUGAUACAACUAACGAUGGAACAGUGGUACGACUUCGAGGCCUGCCAUUUGGUUGCAGCAAAGAAGAAAUUGUUCAGUUUUUCCAAGGGUUGGAAAUCGUGCCAAAUGGGAUAACAUUGACGCUGGACUACCAGGGGAGAAGCACAGGGGAGGCCUUCGUGCAGUUUGCUUCAAAGGAGAUAGCAGAAAAUGCUCUGGGGAAACACAAGGAAAGAAUAGGGCACAGGUACAUUGAGAUCUUCAAAAGUAGUAAGAGCGAAAUCAGAGGAUUCAGUGACAUGCCAAGAAGAAUGAUGGGACAACAACGACCUGGACCAUAUGAUAGACCAAUAGGAGGAAGAGGGGGUUAUUAUGGAGCUGGGCGUGGAAGUAUGUAUGAGAGAAUGCGUCGAGGAGGUGGUGGAUAUGAUGGUGGAUAUGGUGGCUUUGAUGAUUAUGGUGGCUAUAAUAACUAUGGCUAUGGAAAUGAUGGCUAUGAUGACAGAAUGAGGGAUGGGAGAGGCAUGGGAGGACAUGGCUAUGGAGCUGCAGAUACCGGGACUGGUGGUGGUCAUUUUGUUCAUAUGAGAGGACUCCCUUUUCGAGCAACAGAAAAUGAUAUUGCUAAUUUUUUCUCACCAUUGAAUCCCAUAAGAGUUCACAUUGAUAUUGGAGCAGAUGGAAGAGCCACAGGAGAGGCAGACGUGGAAUUUGUUACACACGAGGAUGCAGUAGCUGCCAUGUCCAAGGAUAAAAAUCACAUGCAGCAUCGAUACAUUGAGCUAUUCUUGAAUUCAACUGCUGGAGGUGGUGCUGGAAUGGGAGGCUAUGGCAGAGAUGGAAUGGAUCAAGGUUACGGUCCUGUUGGUAGAAUGGGGAUGGGUGCCAACUACGGCGGUGGAUAUGGAACGCCUGAUGGCUUGGGCGGAUACAGUAUGUAUGCGUGACCUUGUGUCAAUUGUUUGCAGGUCGAGGAUACUAUGGGCAAACCAACAUUGGUGGAGGAGGAUGGCGUGGAAUGUAUUGAAGGAUAGCCUUGCUUCUACAAAACAUCCUGGAAGAAACAGUCUCUGGUCUACUAGACUUUCUUACAAAAUUUAAUUUCUUUUGUAUUUUAAGAACUUUAUAAUGACUGAAGGAAUGUGUUUUCACAAUAUUAUUUGGUAAGCAACAGAUUGUGAUGGGAAAAUCUGUUUUCUGUAGGUUUUAUUUGUUGCAUACUCUGACUUUAAAUAAAUUUUUAUAUUCAAACCACUGAUGUUGAUACUUUUUAUACUAGUUACUCCUAAGGAUGUAUUACAUAUUCAGAACUACAGUUGGUUUGAGAUGUUGUACUAUGGUUCAAUAAAGGUGGUUGUACUGUAACUCAUAUGAACAUUGCUUCAGUUCUAUGUAAUCUUGGUGUAGUGAAUGAGGUUGGAAAAUCCACUUCAGGGGAAAACGGUAGAAGACUUAGGUUAGUUUUAUUUGGUAAUGACCUUUCCUAAACCCUUUUGAUAAGUUGUAUGUACUAAUUCCUCACUGUAGGGGCUCAAAGUUAUUAGCUUUCUUCCCUGUACUGCCACAAUCCACCAUCAUCCUCCACUCCAUGGCCUCGUGCCUGAGGCUUGUGCCUCCACACUUAUUUCAGACUUUGCUGUAGGACUGUAGAGGCUGCAUUUCACAGGUGUACCCGCAUUAACAGGGCUGUGGACUAACAGGAAAUAGAUCAAAUACUGGUUCAGUUGAAGCUGGGUACUUGAUGUUUUUACAACCUGCUUUUGGGAAGAGUAGGAUUGGAAGCAAGUUGCAACUUCUUUUCUUUCAUUAAAUUGUUGUAUUUAAACAGUUCAGCUUUUUUUGGUUGCACAGAGAUGAUGUGUCUGUAUUUGUUCACAAUAGCCAUUCUAUGAUGAGUUCAUGAGAAGCAACGUCUCUAAUGAAGCCCAGUAUACUUGUUAAGUAACACAACCCAAACAUGCUGAUAAAACUUGUGCAUUUGUGACAUGUAAGAUAUGUAAGAAACUAUUGUUCGAAGACACUUAACAUACCUGAUGUGUAAUGAAAAAAAGGUAUUUAUUAUUAUGAGCCAGUGUGAUCUCCCAAAUUAACUGCUUUGUCCUCAAUGCCUCCCUUGUCAAAUGUGAUCUUGGGUAUUGCAAGUCUGUCACCUGUUUUGCUAGUACUAUGUUAUCUAUGUAAUAAAUGUUUUCUUGUGGGA